AUGGCCGCCGUCAAUACCCCAAUUACCCGUCUCUUGGGUAUUCGCACCCCUGUAGUGCUUGCUCCCAUGGCAUUUGCCAGUGGAGGGGCAUUAGCUAGCGAAGUCGCACUCGCUGGAGGCUUCGGAUUCAUAGGCUCAGGCUAUACUACUCUUGAAAAUUUCAGGAGCCAGAUAGCUCUAGUCAGAUCCCUUUUGAACUUGCCUUCGGGUCCACUCCCAAUCGGAGCGAGCUUCCUCGGCUGGGUUCUCGAUCGGCCAGAAUCCAAGAGCGUCGAGAUACUACACGAGGCCCUCAAUAUCGGCGUGCGAGCGAUAUGGCUCUCCUUCGGCAACGAUUUAGGUCACUGGGUCGACGUCGUGCGGAGCCAUGACCAGAAGGCAGGAAGGGAUUCCAAGACUCUGAUUUUCAUCCAGGUCAACUCGGCCGAGCAAGCGUUGACCGCUGUGCGUGAUUGGAAGGCUGACGUUCUGAUUGCUCAAGGCAUCGAAGCGGGAGGACACGGCUCUGCUUCCGCUCCACCCCUUCUGACCCUCAUCCCCUCAGUGCUGUCGGUGCUCCCACACCAAAACCCCCCACCGCUCCUGGCUGCCGGUGGAGUAACCAACGGCGCGCAAUUGGCUGCUUGUAUAGCCCUCGGUACUGCUGGAGCAGUGAUAGGGACACGUUUUCUGCUCACACCCGAGAGCCAGUACUCGGAUGCACAGAAAGCUGCCCUCAUCGCUGCCAAGACCGGUGACACGGCACGCAGCAUGGUUUUCGACAUUCUACGCGGUACCACCGGGUGGCCGGACGGUAUAGACGGACGUUGUCUGCGCAUACCGUCCGUUCAGGAGUUCGAAGACAAGGUCAAAAUAGAGGAUAUACAACGGCGCUUUGACGAGGGGGCUUCGAAAGGAGACCCUAAGUCCAUGGUCAUCUGGGCGGGCACGGGUGUCGGACUGAUCGACGAGAUCAAGCCUGCGAAGGCAAUCGUGGAAGAGUUGCACGCGAGCCUGAUUGAACGGCUUCAGGCCGCUUCUUCCCUGGUCUAG